AUGCCAAGAAUACAAGGAAUCGCAUUGGCUGGUGACGUCGCGCAGUUGGCCGCCAACGGUUCGAUGGUUCAGAUGGACUCUAACGACUUUUAUCAGGUGAUUCUGCAGCGUUUGCAGGUCGCCAGUGAGACGCAAGAAUGGGAAGAAGACUUCCGCGCACUAUUCCAGCUCGACAGACAAGAGAACGGCCGAUUCACGACCAGUAUUCAAGCUGGUCCUCAAAUCCUGAAGAUCAAACUUGCCAUCUUCCAAAUGAAAAAGUCGGAAAAGAAAGACAAAAAAGGCAAUCCGCAGCCUGCUACGGAACACAAGAUCAACCACCGCAUGGCUCACCCCAACAUACUCGACCUAACUCAAUAUCAAGAGAAUGCUCAUCUUCCCCUCCGCUACCGGCUAUCUAGUGUCAUCUCACACUCCGGCGAAGGCACAGAGAGCGCAGGUGGACACUACAUCGCGAGUGUUCGCGGCCCAGGCGGCCGUAUCACUUGCAUCUCUGAUUCUGUGACAGAGACUUUUACACAGGCUCAAUUUGAGGCAAGUCCACAGGUGGCCGGAAUAUCUCCCCCAGCAAAGGAGGCUUAUGUACUUACCUAUCUGAGGGAUGACGGGAGGUUGCAACGGGAGAUGAAAAAUCUCGAGUCGACGUUGAAUUGA